CCGCUUCGGAGGUUUGGUGUGAAUUUUGUAGAAGUAGUUUUUGAAGUUUUGAGAAGCUCAUGUCGUUCACAGCGAAACCAGUUCACACUCAGUUGAAGCACACAGAAGAGAUGGGAGAGAGGAUGCUUCACAAGAAGCUGCUGCAGGCUGCGUGGCUGUGCUGCCUGUUGGCGGCCAAGGUGCACAGCUGCCCAGAUGCCUGCAGCAAGUGUCCAGGCCCAGAACACCACCAGUGCCAGGAAUGCAGAGCGGGAUGGACACUCCACAAUAACACCUGUGUAGAUGUCGAUGAGUGUGGCACCGAGCUGGGAAUCUGUCCUACAAACAGCUACUGUUUCAAUACAGAUGGAUCCUUUGCGUGCCGAGCCUGCUCCCCGGCCUGUGUGGGCUGUAUGGGCAGCGGAGCAGCUCGCUGCAGGAGAUGUGCCUCUGGCUACACAUUGGCCGGCUCCAAGUGUGUCGACGUGGAUGAAUGCAGUGAGCGGAUUCUUGCCUGUCGCGGUCUGGAUGAGAUUUGCACCAACACAGAGGGCUCUUUCCGCUGCGACUGUGCUGAGGGAUUCAUCCAUAGGGACGCUGUCUGUGUGAAGAAGCAGCUUCCAGGCGUUCAGGAGAAAGGUCUUUUUGAGGACAUCCAGGACGACGAGGUGGAGGUGCUGCAGCAGAUGCUCUUCGCGGUGGUGCUUUGCGCUCUGGCCACACUGGCUGCUAAGGGCGAUUUGGUCUACACGUCUGUAUUCAUGGGAGCCGUGGCAGCCAUGGCAGGGUACUGGCUUUCUGACAGGGGAGACCGUUUAUUAGGCAGCUUCUUAAAGGGACGAUGAAGCUUCAAGGUGUUUCGCAGAGGGAUAAAACUUUUAACGUGCAAUUUGCUCGGUGGUGGCAUCAGUUGAAAAUGAACAAUACUGUCGUGGCUCGUGGAAUACAGCUUGUUUGUAUUUGUGUGCACAAACAACGUAUUUGAUUUUCUUUUAUUUAUUGCAUCAAUGACACUGUAAAUGCACCUUUUAAGGCUCGGGCAGAGCGGGUGAGCUAUGUUUAUUUUAUUAAUAAUUAUGCAUCUUUCUUUGUGAAAACAAGGUGCAAGGGAAAUUUGACAUGAAAGGAUGUUUUUCGCAAAAUUCCUAUAUAUAUAUAUAUAUAUAUAUAUAUAUAUAUAUAUAUAUAUAUAUAUAGGCCUAUCUAUUACAAAAUGGAAACUUUUAUAACAUCAAUGCAACAUUUCACUCACUAGUGUCCUUGGUCCCACAGUGUCACACUAUACAUUUAAGUUUAAUGUCAUGAUUGCAUUGUGUAAAUAUUAGUUAAACCCUAUUCUAAUAUUCUGAUUUUAAGAGUCAAAUCACAAACAAAGACAGAAAGAA